GCUCUCUCUCUCUCUAUCUGUUUCGGGCUCUAAAUAUAGAGUAGUCUCGAGAGGAGUCUAAGGUGAAGCUUGGGAGAAUGAAGGAGGCUGUAAUGGAAGAUUACAGCUUGGGGUUGGAGGAGACGGAGCUGCGCCUGGGACUGCCAGGCGGUGGUGCCGGCGGAGGAGGAGGAGAAGGCGAUGCGACGAAGAAUUCAGGCAAGAGGGCGUUUGAGGAGACUGUCGAUCUGAAGCUCAAGCUUCAGACCACGGUGGACGUGGAGGAGGUGGCGGCGGAGAAGAUGAAGAGGUCGCCGAGCCAUAAGAACGUUGCUGCGUCUGCCACUGACCCCGAGAGGCCUCGUGCUCCGAAGGCACAGGUUGUGGGUUGGCCACCAGUUAGAUCAUACAGGAAGAACAUACUGGCUGUCCAAUCCGAGAAGGCGAGCAAGGAGGAAGGAGAGAAGCCGGGCAACACGGCUGCCUUUGUCAAGGUUUGCAUGGAUGGGGCACCAUACCUACGUAAGGUUGACCUCAAAAUGUACAGGAGCUAUCAAGAGCUCUCCAUGGCCUUGGAGAAGAUGUUUAGCUCCUUCACCAGUGCAAACUGUGGCUCUCAAGGAAUGAACGGGAGGGACUUCACGAAUGAAGGGAAGCUGAUGGAUCUCAUCAAUGGUUCUGAGUACGUGCCAACUUAUGAAGACAAGGAUGGCGACUGGAUGCUCGUCGGAGAUGUUCCAUGGGAGAUGUUUGUGGAUUCCUGCAAGCGUUUACGCAUAAUGAAAGGAUCGGAAGCCAUAGGACUCGCACCAAGAGCAAUGGAGAAGUGCAAGAGUAGAAGCUGAGGAAUCAAAAGCCGUGAUAACAGCUGGUUCUUGAUCACAGUCAAAACGCCAACACGAGGCGUGGUCGCCGGAUCUGGGACGAGCAUAUCCAUGCUGUCUGCUGUGUUUUCUAUAUCGUGGUCGCAGUACAUGUUACGUGCAGUUGUCUGUGUGAGAGGGUUUUCUUAUGUGCCAAGGACAUGAAGCGGUGUUAGCUUGUUGGCUAUGAUCUCAAUCUGUCUGCAUUGUUUAUUACCGGUGUGUGUGCAGGUCCAAUAAACUCUUCUACGUGUUAGUGC